AAAGGGCUCAAGUAAACCCGACCCGAAAUAAACCCAGUAUCAGCAAGAAAGCGAACAUUAGUCUAAUUAUAUUUGCUUUUACAGAAAUGCUUCUAAGUCAUUGAAGCCAUUAGUACUCAGUUGAAGAAGAGCUGUCAAAACUGCAUCGAAGAUGUUUCUCACAAGAACUGAGUACGAUAGAGGUGUUAACACUUUCUCUCCUGAAGGCCGCCUAUUUCAAGUCGAAUAUGCAAUUGAAGCCAUUAAGCUGGGUUCGACUGCAAUUGGGUUAAAGACAAAGGAAGGAGUCGUUCUUGCUGUUGAGAAGCGCAUUACCUCACCUCUCUUGGAACCAAGUAGUGUGGAGAAAAUUAUGGAAAUUGAUGAACACAUUGGUUGUGCGAUGAGUGGACUAAUAGCUGAUGCCAGGACACUUGUUGAACAUGCACGGGUUGAAACUCAGAACCAUAGAUUCUCCUAUGGUGAACCAAUGACAGUUGAGUCCACCACACAAGCUUUAUGUGACUUGGCCCUGCGAUUUGGAGAGGGUGAUGAAGAGUCCAUGUCCAGACCUUUUGGCGUAUCUCUUCUUAUUGCUGGUCACGAUGAGAAUGGUCCCAACUUAUACUAUACUGAUCCUUCUGGAACAUUCUGGCAAUGCAAUGCAAAAGCUAUUGGUUCAGGUUCUGAAGGUGCUGACAGCUCUUUGCAGGAGCAAUAUAACAAGGACCUUACCCUUAAAGAAGCUGAAGCCAUAGCACUCUCUAUUCUUAAGCAAGUGAUGGAAGAAAAGGUGACUCCAAAUAAUGUUGACAUUGCAAGGGUAUCUCCAACUUACCAUCUCUACUCACCUUCUGAGGUGGAAGAUGUUAUCAGCCGCCUAUAAGAAAGCUCUACUUAUUCUCAUCACCAACUUUUUCUUAUAACAACGCUUGCUUUGUAGUCUUGCUACAUAUCCUGGAAUAUAUUUUUCUUCUUCGCAAGGUUGAAAUGAUGGAGAUCCUGGCUUAAGAUUUGAUUUAAGACAUAAGGUCCAGCCUGUGUUCUGUUGUUCCUGGAUGAAGUUCUAUUUGCUACGUGCUGCAGGAUGUACUUCCUAGUUAAUUUGGUAUUGAAACUUGUCUGGAGAUUUGAAAUCCUUGAUCUCUUAUGAUGCCACAUAAUUCUUGUCAUAGUUUCUACUCAGGUUGUGACUGUUCUAAAGAUGGAAAAUAGCACUUUGGAA